GUGCAGCCAGCAUUUGAUAUCGAAACACACACGAGCAACAUAGCUCAUCAGUCAGCGAAACCAAUUUGGAGUUUUAUUGCAUUUUCUUAGUUGAUUUUUAUUUUGUUUUAAAGUUUAACGUGUAUUCCAACGUGUUUUCAUACAAUUGAAUUGAAGAGCGCACAUUUGUUUUCAAUUACGGUUUAUUGAAUUGUGUUGAUGUGAAAAUAAUUUUGGUGAAACGAAUCAAGCCAGGAGUUAAUUGAUUGAAAUGAAGAAAUUGUUGACGUUGUGCUUUUUAAACUUGGUGUCUUUGGCACUUUGUACAAAUAAUGUGGCGGAUGAUACACGUAAAACAUCAAUUCGAUCUGCUUCGACAGCGGUUGGAACGUCUGCUCACCUGAAUUCGUUGCAAUCUAGUCAGGACAGUGGCGGCAAACAACAAUCGCAACAACAAGUGCAAAGUGGAAAUGGUCAAACAUCGUACACAAGAGUACAGACACCCGAAUUUACAUCGAUUACUCAACCACACAAUGUUUACACACAACCAACAUCACCAACCGGUGGAUAUUUCAUUUCAGUUAAUCCACAAAAUGUUCCUUCGGGCGGUAUUGGUGCAGGUCCGACGCCAGUAUUAAUGCAAUAUUUACCUCAUAAUGCGCAACAAGGCCCAAUUCAAUAUCUUCAAUUAAUUCCAACGCGUCCGUUGAUAGUUCCAAUCAGUCCUUACAUAUCGGGUUUUAAUAAUCCGUAUAGUCCAUCUGUGACCGGUCCAGCGGCUCAGGCAAAUUCAAAUUCACCAUAUGCCCUGCCACAUCAUUCAUAUUCGCAACCGUCAAAUGCAUACAGCAGCGGUUUAGGUAAUGGGUAUUCGUCGACAUUAUCGAAUCCGCUUGGAAGUUACUCAAGCAAUUAUCUAACUUACUUCCGUCCAAAUCAUGGCAUGCAAAUGGUGAACGGACCAGUUGAUUUGAGUUUGAAUACCAAUGAAUAUCUUCCGCUUUCGAACGAUAAUACAUAUAAAAUGCGAAGAGUAUGAAACAUUUACAUUGAGCAUACGGAGACUUAAUUGCAUGGUGACCACAUUUGCCAGCAAUUUGAUUUGUUAAGUUAGGCAUUUAUUUGUUAUUAAUUUUGUUGUAAUAUUGUGAGACAGUUGUACGUAACAGAGGUGCACUGCCUCCAAUCGGAUCGAUUCAUAAGAAGUAGUUAAGAUGGAAAAAUGAUUCGAUUUCUUAGAAAUUGUCUUACGCACACAUAUCUGUUUUUGACUGUAAAUGUUGAUUUAUAAUAAACAAUUACCUAAUUAACGGAUCAA